AGGCCUUUGUUCCACUGGGAAAUAGGUAUAAAGUUCAACCAGGCUGUAAAAAUCAGGCAGCUAUGGAUGCAAGGUGGUGCUGAGAGCAGUGAGGCAUGGCUGUAGCCCUACAAGUCUUGCCCUGUCUGGUCCGAGCCCCCUCACGUCCACUCCUCUGGGGGGCCCCAGUGGCCCGGAUGGCUAGUGGCAUGGCUUUGGCAGAGCAGGCACGACAGCUAUUUGAGAGUGCUGUGAGUGCAGUGCAGCCGGGCCCGAUGCUGCAAAGGGCACUGUCCUUGGAUCCUGGUGGUGGACAGCUGAAGGUACGGGACCGGAGCUUUCAGCUGCGGCAAAACCUGUACCUAGUGGGCUUCGGCAAGGCUGUAUUGGGCAUGGCAGCUGCAGCUGAGGAGCUUCUGGGCCAGCAUCUCGUGCAGGGUGUGAUCAGCGUUCCCAAGGGCAUCCGUGCUGCCAUGGAGCAAGCCGGCAAGCAGGAGAUGUUGCUGAAGCCACACAGCCGUGUCCAGGUGUUUGAAGGUGCAGAGGACAACUUGCCGGAUCGUGAUGCACUCCGGGCUGCGCUGGUCAUCCGGCAGCUGGCUGAGGGGCUCACAGCUGAUGACCUGCUGCUUGUGCUCAUCUCAGGUGGGGGCUCAGCCCUGCUGCCUGCUCCCAUCCCACCUGUCACACUGGAGGAGAAACAGAUGCUCACCAAGCUGCUGGCGGCUCGUGGAGCUACCAUCCAGGAGCUGAACACCAUCCGGAAGGCCCUGUCCCAGCUCAAGGGUGGAGGACUGGCUCAGGCUGCCUACCCUGCUCAGGUGGUGAGCCUGAUCCUGUCAGAUGUGGUUGGGGAUCCUGUGGAGGUGAUUGCCAGUGGCCCUACUGUGGCCAGUGCCCAUAGUGUGCAAGACUGCCUGCAUAUCGUUGAUCGCUAUGGUCUUCGCGCUGCCCUACCACGUUCUGUGAAGACUGUACUCUCUCGGGCUGACUCUGACCCUCAUAGUCCCCACACCUGUGGUCAUGUUCUCAAUGUAAUCAUUGGCUCUAAUGUGCUCGCUCUGGCUGAGGCUCAGAGGCAGGCAGAGGUACUGGGUUACCGGGCUGUGGUGCUGAGCACAGCCAUGCAGGGUGAUGUGAAAAGUGUGGCCCAGUUCUACGGGCUGCUAGCCCAAGUGGCUGGAGCCCGCCUUACUCCAUCCAUGGCUGGGGCUUCUGUGGAGGAGGAGGCCAAACUUUAUGAGCUGGUAGCCGAGCUGCAGGUCCCAGACCUGCAGCUGGAGGAAGCUCUGGAGGCUGUGGCAGAGGCGAGUGGCCCAGUCUGCCUGCUGGCUGGUGGUGAGCCCACAGUGCAGGUGAAGGGCUCAGGCAAGGGUGGUCGGAACCAGGAACUGGCCUUUCGUGUUGGAGUGGAGCUGGGAAGACGACCACUGGGGCCUAUGGAUGUGCUGUUUUUGAGUGGUGGCACUGAUGGGCAAGAUGGGCCCACAAAGGCUGCUGGUGCUUGGGUCAUGCCUGAGCUUGCCAGCCAGGCUGCUGCUCAGGGUCUGGACAUGGCCACCUUCUUAGCCCAAAAUGACUCGCACACCUUCUUCUGCUGCCUCCAGGGUGGAACACACCUGCUGUACACAGGGAUGACAGGUACCAACGUCAUGGAUGCCCACCUUCUGUUUCUGCGGCCUCAGUGAUGGCAUACGUCACAUUUUUGAGAGACCAGGAGAGGCCUAUAAGGGCAGGGU